AAUGAAGGGAAGCUCAUAAAAGAAUAAAAUCUUAGAGCAAAUUCAGAAAUAAAGACGUUCUUAAUCAAGACAGAAUGAUUCUAAAAUAAAUUUCUUGCAUUUCUAAGGUAUAUAGAUUCAAGAGUUUAACAAGGAGAUUGAUGACUAUUUAAAAACAUUUCCAAAUUUAUGUAUAGCAUUUAUAAUAUGGUUAGAAUAAUUAGGAUUUUAAAGAUGUAAAAUAGAAUCCUUAAAUAAUCUCUCUGAGUAUAAAAAUAUUAAUUCAUUGAAUUUUGAAGAAAAUGUUUUAGAUGAUGGAUGCUUAAAAAUGAUAGUUUAGAAAUUUCCAUCUUUAACAUUUUUGAAUUUGAAGAAGAAUUAAAUAAAAGAAUUCAAUGUAUUAGAUAUUCUUAAUCUAAUAGGAAAUUGAGCAAUUAAAAUAACUUGACCAAUUAACACAUCUAUUUCUAGAUAAAAAUCCAGCUUGUGAUGAUGAAAAUUUUACAUCUAAAAUUUGGGAUUUGUUACCCAAAUUAAAAGCAUUGGAUGGAAAAGAUAAGAAAGGUAAGGUCAUUAAAGAAAAGACUGAAACUUAUGAAGAUGAUGAGGAGGAUGAGGAUGAAGAUGAGGAAGAGGUAUAAUUGAAUAAAAUAAAUUUAGGCAGAUGACGAUGAUGAUGACAGUUUCUCUAUAUCUGAUGAUGAAGAAGAUGAGGAAUAUAGUGAAGAAGAAGAAAGUGAAUCAGAAAGCAAUAAGAAGAAAAAGAAGGUUAAAAAAUGAU